CCGGCGGCGCCCCCCCCUGCCAGUGCAACGUCUGCGGGAAGAGCUUCGGCGCCAGCGCCGGCCUGGUCAAACACCAGAAGCAGCACCUGGAGGAGAAGCCCUACAAGUGCGGCGAGUGCGGGAAAGGGUUCAACUGGAACUCCCACCUGGAGCGCCACCGGCGCAUCCACAUGGGCGAGAAGCCCUACCCCUGCCCCGAGUGUGGGAAAAGCUUCAGCUGGAGCUCCCCCCUGGACCGGCACCGCCGCACCCACCUGGGCGGGGAGAAGGCCUGCAAGUGCGCCGACUGCGGCCGCUGCCUUGGUGCCCAACGCGGGGCGACCGCUGCCGCCGCCCCCCCUGAGAAGCCCUACCCGUGCCCCGAGUGCGGCAAGGGCUUCAACAAGAGCGCCGCCCUGGCCAAGCACCAGCGCUCCCACGCGGCCGGCAAGCCCUACCAGUGCGGCGACUGCGGGAAGAGCUUCGCCUGGAGCUCCCACCUGGACCGCCACCGGCGCAUCCACAUGGGCGAGAAGCCCUACCGCUGCGGGGAUUGCGGCAAGAGCUUCUCGCAGAGCUCCCACCUGGAGCGGCACCAGCGGGUGCACCAGGGGGCGGAGCAGCCCUGCCAGUGCACCGACUGCGGGAAGAGCUUCCUGGCCAGCGCCAAGCGGCGCCGGGCGCUGAGCAGCGAGCGCCCGGGGAAGUGCACCGACUGCGGGAAGAGCCUGCUGUGGGGCUCCCGCGCCCGGCCUGCCCCGGCGGCGGAGAGGACCCACAAGUGCACAGAGUGCGGGAAGAGCUUCACCUACCGGGCGGAGAACGUCAAGCACCAGGGGACGCAGACGGGCGAGAAGCCCUACACUUGCCCCGAGUGCGGCAAGAGCUUUGGGCAGAACUCGGCCCUGGUCAAGCACCGGCGCAUGCACACCGGCGAGAAGCCCUACAAGUGCGGGGACUGCGGGAAGAGCUUCAGCGUCCGCUCCAACCUCAUCAAGCACCAGCGCACCCACCUGGGCGAGAAGCCCUACAAGUGCCCCGACUGCGGCAAGGGCUUCAUCCAGAAGUCGGACCUGACCAAGCACCGGCGCAUGCACACCGGCGAGAAGCCCUACAAGUGCAACGUCUGCGGCAAGUGCUUCAGCGUCAGCUCCAACCUCAUCAAGCACCAGCGGAUCCACCUGGGCGAGAAGCCCUACCAGUGCUCCGAGUGCGGCAAGAGCUUCAUCCAGCGCUCGGAGCUCACCAUCCACCAGCGGGUGCACACCGGCGAGAAGCCCUACAAGUGCCCCGAGUGCGGGAAAUGCUUCAGCCGCAGCUCCCACCUCAACCGGCACCAGCGCACCCACACGGGGGAGAAACCGUACUCGUUCCGGCACUGCGGGAAACACUUCUCCCACCCGUCCUACCUCCUUGGCCAUCGGCGGAUCCACACGGGGGAGAAACCGUACUCGUUCCGGCACUGCGGGAAACACUUCUCCCACCCGUCCUACCUCCUUGGCCAUCGGCGGAUCCACACGGGGGAGAAACCGUACUCGUUCCGGCACUGCGGGAAACACUUCUCCCACCCGUCCUACCUCCUUGGCCAUCGGCGGAUCCACACGGGGGAGAAACCGUACUCGUUCCGGCACUGCGGGAAACACUUCUCCCACCCGUCCUACCUCCUUGGCCAUCGGCGGAUCCACACGGGGGAGAAACCGUACUCGUUCCGGCACUGCGGGAAACACUUCUCCCACCCGUCCUACCUCCUUGGCCAUCGGCGGAUCCACACGGGGGAGAAACCGUACUCGUUCCGGCACUGCGGGAAACACUUCUCCCACCCGUCCUACCUCCUUGGCCAUCGGCGGAUCCACACGGGGGAGAAACCGUACUCGUUCCGGCACUGCGGGAAACACUUCUCCCACCCGUCCUACCUCCUUGGCCAUCGGCGGAUCCACACGGGGGAGAAACCGUACUCGUUCCGGCACUGCGGGAAACACUUCUCCCACCCGUCCUACCUCCUUGGCCAUCGGCGGAUCCACACGGGGGAGAAACCGUACUCGUUCCGGCACUGCGGGAAACACUUCUCCCACCCGUCCUACCUCCUUGGCCAUCGGCGGAUCCACACGGGGGAGAAACCGUACUCGUUCCGGCACUGCGGGAAACACUUCUCCCACCCGUCCUACCUCCUUGGCCAUCGGCGGAUCCACACGGGGGAGAAACCGUACUCGUUCCGGCACUGCGGGAAACACUUCUCCCACCCGUCCUACCUCCUUGGCCAUCGGCGGAUCCACACGGGGGAGAAACCGUACUCGUUCCGGCACUGCGGGAAACACUUCUCCCACCCGUCCUACCUCCUUGGCCAUCGGCGGAUCCACACGGGGGAGAAACCGUACUCGUUCCGGCACUGCGGGAAACACUUCUCCCACCCGUCCUACCUCCUUGGCCAUCGGCGGAUCCACACGGGGGAGAAACCGUACUCGUUCCGGCACUGCGGGAAACACUUCUCCCACCCGUCCUACCUCCUUGGCCAUCGGCGGAUCCACACGGGGGAGAAACCGUACUCGUUCCGGCACUGCGGGAAACACUUCUCCCACCCGUCCUACCUCCUUGGCCAUCGGCGGAUCCACACGGGGGAGAAACCGUACUCGUUCCGGCACUGCGGGAAACACUUCUCCCACCCGUCCUACCUCCUUGGCCAUCGGCGGAUCCACACGGGGGAGAAACCGUACUCGUUCCGGCACUGCGGGAAACACUUCUCCCACCCGUCCUACCUCCUUGGCCAUCGGCGGAUCCACACGGGGGAGAAACCGUACUCGUUCCGGCACUGCGGGAAACACUUCUCCCACCCGUCCUACCUCCUUGGCCAUCGGCGGAUCCACACGGGGGAGAAACCGUACUCGUUCCGGCACUGCGGGAAACACUUCUCCCACCCGUCCUACCUCCUUGGCCAUCGGCGGAUCCACACGGGGGAGAAACCGUACUCGUUCCGGCACUGCGGGAAACACUUCUCCCACCCGUCCUACCUCCUUGGCCAUCGGCGGAUCCACACGGGGGAGAAACCGUACUCGUUCCGGCACUGCGGGAAACACUUCUCCCACCCGUCCUACCUCCUUGGCCAUCGGCGGAUCCACACGGGGGAGAAACCGUACUCGUUCCGGCACUGCGGGAAACACUUCUCCCACCCGUCCUACCUCCUUGGCCAUCGGCGGAUCCACACGGGGGAGAAACCGUACUCGUUCCGGCACUGCGGGAAACACUUCUCCCACCCGUCCUACCUCCUUGGCCAUCGGCGGAUCCACACGGGGGAGAAACCGUACUCGUUCCGGCACUGCGGGAAACACUUCUCCCACCCGUCCUACCUCCUUGGCCAUCGGCGGAUCCACACGGGGGAGAAACCGUACUCGUUCCGGCACUGCGGGAAACACUUCUCCCACCCGUCCUACCUCCUUGGCCAUCGGCGGAUCCACACGGGGGAGAAACCGUACUCGUUCCGGCACUGCGGGAAACACUUCUCCCACCCGUCCUACCUCCUUGGCCAUCGGCGGAUCCACACGGGGGAGAAACCGUACUCAUGCCAGCACUGUGGGAAAUGCUUUAUGCACCGCUCGAACCUGAGUACGCACCAGAGACUCCACACAGGCGCGUGACUUUACACUGCGGAGGACGGCAGGAGCAGUGUCCUGGCCGUGAUCGGGCAGUAAAACCGGGACGGGAGACUGAGGAUGAUGGGUAUCUUCCCCAGGAGAGACUAUAUCUUGCUCGGUUAAGUUCUAGUAUUGUAGACCAG